AGAGAAUUGCACAAACAACUGGAGGGAUGUACGUGAUGGUUCAAAACAUGGAUGAGCUCAGCACAUUCUUUAAGAGACAGGUGUUGCUGUCACGGUUCAUCGCUCAGUUUGCGCAUGACAUGGCUAAGCUUCAUUCGUUGCUUGCGUUACAGCAGUUUAUGCAGGGCCUCGGGGAAGAUACGGAUGAAGCUGAGCUGCGUCCUCUCAUGGCGCUGCUCUUGGCGAUGUUAGUCGCCGAAGAUGAUGACGAUGACGAUGACGAUGGAGAUGGAAAUUAUCCUAAACCUCCUCCAGUUGGGUCACGUGUUCGAAGGGGAGCACACUGGAAAUAUGGAAAUCAAGAUGGAGGAAGAGCUGGUACCAUCAUAAAAACAGAUGGUAUACCUGGUUAGUUCCGCUGUCGGUAAUGUUUUACCGUAGAAUUCUGAAAGUAACGCCCCAUAUGUC